AUGGCGUCGCCUCACCGCAAAUCCCCGCGCAGUGUAUUGUACCACCAAAUCCGCACGCGGAGUCGCAUCGACGCAAAUCCGCUCGCGGCGUCACCUAUCCGCAAAUCCGCACGCGGCGUCGCGCCGCAAAUCCGCUCGCAGCGGCGCCUCGCCACCCCACGCUACCUCCUCACGCCACCGCGAUCACGCGGGCCGCGCCACAAACUGCGGGCCCUCCUCCCCAUCCAACCCUAUUUUGCCACAUCCCUACCCGCAUCGCCGCUUCCCUCCCUUCCCUUCCUUCCCUGCCUUCCCUGCCUUCCCUCCCUUUCAUCUCUUCCCUCCCAUCCUUCCCUUCCAUCCCGUCCCUCCCGUCCCUCCCUUCCCUCCCGUCCCUCCCUUCUAUCCCUGCCCUCCCAUCUCUCCCUGCGCUCCCUGCCCUCCCUUCCCUUCCUUCCCUCCCUCCUCUCCCUUCCCUCUCCCUUCAGAACCUUCCGUCCCCUCCCUCCCUUGCCUCCCUUCCCUCCCUUCCCUCACCUACCCCCCUUUCACUGCCCUUCUCUCCCUUCCCUCCCUUCCCUCCCUUCUCUCCCUUCCCUCCCUUCCCUCCCUUAUCUUCCUUCCCUCCCUUAUCUCCCUUCCCUCCCUUCUCUCCCUUCCCUCCCUUCCCUCACUUCCCUCCCUUCCCUCCCUUCUCUCCCUUCUCUCCCUUCCCUCCCUUCCCUCCCCUCCCUCCCUUCCCUCCCUUCUCUCCCUUCCCUUCUUCGCUCUCUUUCCUACCCUUGCAUCCUUCUCUCCCAUCCCGCUGUUCUCUCCCUUCCCUCCCUUCUCUCCCUUCCCUCCCUUCCCUCCCUUCCCUCCCUUAUCUCCCUUCCCUCCCUUCUCUCCCUUCCCUCCCUUCCCUCCCUUCCCUCCCUUCCCUCCCUUCCCUCCCUUCCCUCCCUUCCUUCCUUCUUGCCUCCCAAUCUCCCCUUCCCGCCUCCCAAUCCCCCCUUCCCGCCUUUCAAACUCCACUUCCGUCUUCACCAUGGAAGCUACCUCCCUCUUCAACUCUCCCUUCCCUGCCUUCCCUCCCUUCCCUCCUCCCCUCCCUUCCCUCCUUCCCUCCCUUCCCUCCAUCCCUCCCUUCCCCCCUUUCCCAUCAAUCCCUCCCUUCUCUCCCAUCUCUCCCUUCCCUCCCUGUCCCCCUUCCCUCUUUCCCUCCCUUCUCUCCCCUCCCUCCCCUCCUUCCUUUCCCUCCUUUCCCUCCGUUCUCUCCCGUCCCUCGCUUCCCUCCUUCCCUCCCUUUCCUCCCUUCCCUCCCGUCCCUCCCUUCCCUCCCUUCUCUCCCUUCCCUCCCUAACAUCCCUUCUCUCCCUUCCCUCCCUUCCCUCCCUUCUCUCCCUUCUCUCCCUUCCCUCCCUUCCCUCCCUUCCCUGCCUUCCCUCCCUAACCUCCCUUCUCUCUCUUCCCUCCCUUCCCUCCCUUCUCUCCCUUCUCUCCCUUCUCUCCCUUCCCUCCCGUCCCUCCUUUCUCUCCCUUCCCUCCCUUCCCUCCCUUCCCUCCCUUCUCUCCCUUCCCUCCCUUCCCUGUCAGAACAUUAUAGCUAACUUAUUUGUGUAG